ACGGCGAUUUACAACAAAUGCAUUAAACUGGUGAAUCGUGUGUGUGUGUCCUAUCCAUAGAGUGUCUUGGAGCAGAGAACAAAGAUAAAAAGCAGUUUACCUUCCUCUCAAGAAGACCCUGUGGUGUUUGUGGACAGAUACCUUGAGAAGCAUGUCACCCCUGGUAGUCUGCAGUCCAACAUUAAAACAAACCCUCUGUAUAGUAUGACGGAUACAGUGAACGUGGUUAAGGUCAUGCCUUCCUGGACUAUCAAGGAUUAUACCAUGCAUACAGGCCAUGGCAAAGUAAAAGACUUUUUACAGGAUAAAGUAAAGAAACCGAGGGAGCUGGACUUUUGGCUAGAAGAUCUUUACACACCAGGAUUUGAUGCUUUGUUGAAGAAAAAAGAAGCAGAACAGCGAAGGAAAAGACUUCACAGACUACUUUCUGUCAUAGGUUUGUUUGUCAGUGUAGUUAUUGUUGUGAUUAUCGUACCAGUAGUGGUGCUAGAAAAGAAAGUGUGACUGCUUUUUAAAAAA